GCAAACAGGAUAUUUGAGAUGAAGGUUAGUAUCUGUCACCUUAGCACGCUGUGUUAUGUCAAAGCACUGUCUUGUGUCGUUUAUGCGCAUUUAAGUGCGAGAUAUUAUAUAUGAGACUAUGUUACACCUGUUAAAUAUAUGCUGGAAGCGUUACGCUUGAAGCAACUGAAGUGAGUAAACACUACUGUCCGUUGUUGUAGAUAUUAUCUACAAUUGCCUACCUCAUGGUGAAAGUUUGGAAACGUCUCCCCAGCUUGCAACAAUGUUGCCUCUGUCACAGUUCUUGAGAUGGACCCUUCAACCUUCGAUACGUUCUUCUGGGAGUCCAGGUCUUUUGUGGUGUCCAUGCAGAAAUGUGUCUGUGAAAACUGGAGGACUGAAGAAGAAAAGUAUUCCUGCCAGAUACCUGGGCCAGCCCAGUCCUUACACCCAUCCCCACCUCGUUAAACAUGGUGAGGUGACGCCCGGCCUGACCCAGACGGAGUAUGCGCUGCGUCGCCAGCGGCUGGCCUCUCUGGUGGAGGCCCAGUCGGAGCGCUUGCGGGACGCCUCCUCGCCGGCCUCCUCCAUCCCCUCCUCCAGCCACACCCAUGUGCUCGUGGUCCUCUCUCACCCCACCCGCUACAUGACCAACGACAUCCCCUACCCCUUCCACCAGAACCAGGACUUCCUCUACCUCACCGGCAUCCUGGAGCCAGACAGCGCGCUGGUGAUGUACGGCACGGGCCGGCCAGACAACGCCAUCCUCUUCGUGCCCCGCCGCGACCCGGCCAGGGAGCUGUGGGACGGCCCGCGCUCGGGGAAGGACGGCGCCGCCGCUCUGACAGGGGUGGACAGGGUGCAGAGCACAGAGGAGCUGGGCAUCUUCCUCAGGAGUCUGAAAGGCAGCACGGUGUGGUACGACAGCUCUCAGCCCUGUCACCCGCGGAUUCACCAGACUCAUGUGCGGCCCCUGCUGGAGGGCGGGGCGGAGGUGCGCUUCCUACGGCCCCUCACGCACUCGCUGCGCGCCGUCAAGAGCCCCGCAGAGGUGGCCCUUAUGAAGCAGGCCGGAGCCAUCACCGCUAAGGCAUUCAAGAAAACCAUGGCCAUGUCUUCAGGCAGCAUCGACGAGGCUCUGCUAUACGCGAAGUUUGAUUUCGAGUGCCGAGCGCAUGGUGGUAACUUCCUGGCUUACCCCCCAGUUGUGGCAGGUGGAAACCGGGCCAACACUCUGCAUUACAUCAACAACAACCAGAUCGUUAAAGAUGGGGAGAUGGUGCUACUAGAUGGUGGAUGUGAAUAUUUUGGUUACGUCAGUGACAUCACACGAACAUGGCCAGUAAAUGGAAGGUUCAGCCCGGCCCAGGCGGAGCUGUACGAGGCAGUGCUGGAGGUCCAGAUGGCUUGUCUGUCACUCUGCACCCCGGGGGUCAGCCUGGACUACAUCUACACCUCCAUGCUGUCACUGUUGGCCCGCCAGCUCCGAAGGCUGGGCAUCGUCAGCCCUGACACCAACGAGACGGACACGCUCAAGACUGCGCGACGCCUCUGUCCCCACCAUGUUGGACACUACCUUGGCAUGGACGUGCACGACACACCUGAGCUCUCCCGCUCCCAGCCCCUUCAGCCAGGGAUGGCCAUCACUGUAGAACCAGGACUGUACAUCUGUGAAGAGGAUGAAAGUUGCCCAAAACGCUACCGGGGACUUGGAGUGCGGAUAGAGGACGACGUAGUGAUACAGGCAAAUGGCCCGCCUCUGAUCCUGUCGGCUGACACCCCCAAAUCCCUGCUUGAUGUGGAGAGAGCAUGCAACCAAAACGAUAGUUGAACUUGAAAGAUUGGAAAUGUUUUAUCUAAAUGCACUGCUGCUGCAGAGACACGCUGGUUACAAAAUUACAUUUCUAUACCUGAUUAAUAAAGACUGUGAAGGGACUGUUGUCACCUGACCUGAGAGAUAUUGAGUAAAAGCUGUAGGCCAACUCUGUUCUUUCAAAAUAAAUAUAUUUUAUUGAAAAGUGAAA